CUGCAGCUGGCCGUGCAGCUGGAGGGCAGCCUCCGCCUGCUCACCAAGUGCAGCGUCGUCUCGGAGGAAGAGGGUGGAUCCACCUGGAAGAAACUUCGGGGUUUUUUUGGGCCACCCUACUGGAAGGCCGAUGUGCAGCUCGACGGGUUCGGCGACGUCUUCCGCCUUCUGUUGCUGCAGCUGCGCGCGGACGGCCAGCUGGCCAAGGUUGACGACGUCUCUGCCCCCUUGUCCCCUGCCCCCUACGUAGGACCACCAAUGACAGCCACCCUGACCAUAACAGACAAAGAUCUCUCGGGAAGUGAUUUAAAGGUGAAUGAUAUCGUACGUGACAAACAGCGGUGGAGAUAUGCACGCUGCAUAAAGGGCUUGAAGGGCAAGGGCCCGGAUAAACUACUGCGUGUCCUGGCGUCGCACCCGGUGCACCUCGAAGAGCUCGGAUGCUCCGGUCCGGUAGAGCUGAAGGUCAUGGAAGAGGUACUGAAACUGACUUCACUCAAACGGCUAGACGUCAAAUGCGUUUAUCAGUGUGACGACUACCCGGACCUGCCAUUGCAGCUGGAAGAGCUCAGAAUAGAAACUCCAAGUGAGCGUCAGCUGCUUAGUGUGCAGCGUAUGCCGGCUCUGCAGAGCCUAACGGUGUGGGGUUACUGUGGUCCCAAUGUAAAGUUCACCCCCUCACAGUACGGGACACUGCGCUGGCUGCACGUGGCCAUCAGCACUGCUCGCAACCCUACCAUGCUCUCGCUGGUCCGCGCGUAUGCCUCGUCACUGCGGGAGCUGCAGGUUUUCUGUACCAUCAGUCACGACGAGCUUAAAGGUGGCUUCUACUUCCCCGGCCUCGGACGAGACCUGGCUGCGAGCGGCCUGCUGCACCUCAAGCGGUUCGUACUCGUGCGUUUGAAGAGCCAGUGCACGGAUGUCGCUGCCUGCCUCGUGCAGCUGCAGAACCUCCGCGGCUUCCUGCCCUCCUCGGUGGAGGUGGUUUGCUCCGCGUGUUAGACAUCUUCUCUAUGAUACUGCUUCUGCAGGAGGACCUGCACCAAGAACGAAGCUUCUGCCGUCCAAGACAUGUCAUACUGUCACUAACUCUUUUUUUGUGUAAGGUUUUCUUAAAUUUGAUUGUCUAAGAACAAUCAAAUUAAACAUUGACCCUAAUUUCGUUUUACCGAA